GUGGACAGUGAAUUCCAACCUCGAAUACAUUCAAAGGCUCUCUGCCGAGCUUGCCAAAGUAGACAAUUUUUUUUAUUUAUUUUUUCUAUCACUGACCCUUUGGCAGGUGCCAUCCAGUCACGAUUGAACGAUUAAAGUGAUUUGUAUCGGUGUGUGAUCAUGGCAAGUCCCCGGACGAGGAGAGUUCUGGGUGAACUCAAGCCCAACAACGAGAACACCAAAUGCUUCGAGUGCGGUGCACACAAUCCCCAGUGGGUGUCUGUGACCUAUGGAAUAUGGAUCUGCCUCGAGUGCUCGGGGAAACACAGGGGUCUGGGGGUUCAUCUGUCAUUCGUCAGGUCAAUAUCGAUGGACAAGUGGAAGGAUCUGGAGCUGGAGAAGAUGAAGGUCGGGGGGAACAGGAACGCGAGGAUCUUCUUCGAGGAACAACCUGACUGGGACGACUCCAUGCCCAUUUCGAGGAAAUACAACACUAGAGCUGCUGCUCUCUACAGAGAUAAAAUUGCAACUUUAGCACGUGGAGAAUCAUGGAGCCCUAGUGCGUCGAAAGCCAAGGAGUUUGUAUCCUCCUACAUCGAUAACAGCAAUCAAGAUUAUAAUUCUUACCAGAAGGACACACAAGGCUCCUAUCAGAAUAUGAAUACCAGUGCUUUCAAGGCGCAGACCGAGUCUUUCUUCAAUAGAGUGCAGAAUGAAAAUGCAAAUAGGCCUGAUGACUUGCCACCGAAUCAAGGAGGAAAAUACAGUGGAUUUGGGUAUCAGAUGGAUGCACCACCUAAGAGCUCGUCUCAAGAAUUUUUCGACACUGCCGUAUCCUCGUUAGCUAGUGGAUGGUCGAUAUUCUCAUCAACAGCAUCAAAGGUAGCUUCUAAAGCAACAGAAAAUGCUAUAAAAAUUGGAGGGAUUGCUUCCCAGAAGGUGCGAGAUGGAACUCUACUGGAAGAUGUUGGAGCACAAGUCAAUAACUUGGCCUCUAAGGUGGGAGACUUGGGUAGACGUGGUUGGGGAGACAUUGCUGGUUCAAAUUCUUGUACACAGCAUUGUGGACCGCAGUACGAUACUCAGGACAAUUAUCAGAAUUUAGGAACGUAUCAGAGCGGUUAUCAAGGGACAUAUUCCAAUGAAAAUUCGUCACUCUUCAAUUCUAAUUCCAGGGGUGCCUCAAGCACUAGCUCUCCAACCCAAGACUGGGACUGGGGAAGCUCGCCGAAGCCCUCGAACGGCAGUUCCCCCGAAUCAAAACAACUAGCGAAAAAGUCAAGAGAGAAAAAAGUGAAAGAAGCCUCUCUCAUCGAUUUCGAUGCAAAACCCGAGGUAAAAACCUGGAACACGACCUCAAAAGCCGAGGAGGACGCCUGGGAGAUCUUGAAGGAUUAACUACAGCUAAUUCUAACGAAUUCACUAAUUAAUUGUGCAACAUUUGAGUAGAAAAAUUUCCCAAAUAUACAUGUUGUCAAAAGA